AUGCCCUCGACAGGAUCGGAGAAGUUCAAGAGCCUGGUUGACUCAAAUGCGGAGAGGCUCGAUGAUCUGGCGGUCGUAGAGCAGUACGAGAACACUGAAGACGCUGUCUCGGACGUCAGCCUCGAUGUCAAGGCGGAAAAGGCGCUGGUUCGCAAGUUGGACAUGCGCAUACUUCCCAUCCUUUGUUUGAUGUAUCUAGCGGCCUACCUGGACAGAAGCAACAUCGGGAACUCUAGGACCCUUCCGCAAGGCAUUGAAGAGGUUUUGGGCGGGGACCCGACUGGCGCGCUUUUCAAUUGGAUCACUUCAAUCUUCUUUUUCUCAUAUAUACUUUACCAAUUGCCCGCAACCCUCCUCGCGAAGCUCUUUCCGCCCAAUCUCUACCUCGGAGUUUCCUCCAUCGGGUUCGGGUUGUGUUCGACCCUCAUGGCCACAGGAUUCAACUUCGGCGGUUUAAUGGUCUGUCGUCUAUUCCUAGGAGCCUUCGAAGCUAUGUUCGGACCCGGUAUGCCCCUAUACUUCUCGUACUUUUACACCAAGCACGAGAUUGGCCUCCGCAUGGCCUAUUGGUUCGGAUUUGCUGCCGUCGCGGGCGCCUUUGGCGGGCUCAUCGCCUUCGGUGUCGCUCAUACAAACACAGCGAUCUCUCAGUGGCGCUUACUAUUCAUUAUCGAGGGUGUUCCUGCCAUGGUCAUCGGCUUCGUUGCCCUGAAAUUCCUACCCGGUCGGCCGGAAUCAACCGGUUUCUUCAAUGAAAAGGAGCGAGAACUCGCGCUCGCGCGUCGCAACCGUGGCACCAGUGGGGAUUCUGGCUACAAGCUGCAGCGUCGUCACAUCGUCUCUGCCUUCUCUGAUUGGCGCAUCUACGCCGGAGGCGUCAUCUACUUCUCCGCCAAUGCUGUUGUCGCUAGCAUCUCCGCCUUCUUGCCUACCAUUCUGACGACGCUCAACUACACCGAUGCGAAGGCAAACUUGAUGACGGUGCCACCGUAUGCAGCCACGGCCGUAGUAUUGACUGGUACGGCUUGGAUCUCAGACCGCAUACAACUACGCGGUCCAUUUGUCUGCUUGUAUGCAGCUAUAGGUGGCAUAGGCUAUCUUAUCUUGCUCAUCGUGCACGAUAACCCGCACGUGAGAUAUUUCGCUGUGUUCUGCAUCGUCAUUGGCACGUACACUGUCAUCGGCAUCACGAUAUCUUGGUAUGCUCACAACUUGGGUUCGGAGACGAAGCUCGCCACCGGUAGUCCCAUCUACCAAGGCAUCGGCCAGUGUGGAAGCGUCCUCGGCUCUCAUCUCUUCCCCAAAGCUGACGGUCCUCUCUAUGAGAAGGACUUCGCAGUCUUGUGUGCUCUCGAGUUCCUGGCCGCCAUCUGUGCGGCCGUUUUAGUUGUCUAUUAUAAGCGAGAGAACGCACGGCGGGAUCGCGUCUACGGCAAGGUGCACCCCGACGCAUUCGUCGAUACGUCCGAGCUGGCAGACAAGGCGCCGGAUUUUCGCUACAUCCCCUGA